UAAAAUUGCAACGAAAAAAAAAUCAACCACAAUUAUAAAGUAAAAGGAGAAAUCUAAUCACAAUUAACAAAAUUAACCUCUGGUUGAUUAUGGUGUUUACAUAAUAAGGGAAAAGACAUUCAACCUUUAUUAUCAACAAUUAAAUUUAAUUUCUACCCAACAACAUCCUGAUUAACCUCCACCUCCACCCCAACAGCAACCUGGAAACACACCCCAUCACCAGUAACAACAAGACCAACAACAGGUAAUCAUAAUUAAUGUUAAUCAUCAACAAUUUAAUUUAAAACUCUUCAAACAAUUAACUUGAAACUUCCCAUUGACUUUUACACGGUAAGUAGACACACUCACAAGAAACACUCACGUUAUAAUCAUUUAAUAAACUAUCGUGUUGAAGUGACUAGAGAUACACGAAGAUGAAUCAGUUAAUCACAGAACAGUUAAUUCAACAAUUUACUAAUUACAAUUCAGGACAAUUAAAAAGAUUGUGACCUUAACCUAAACCCAAACCCAAACCCGAAAAAAAAGUUAACCAAAAAUCAUUGUCUUUCUAAUCCUCACCAAGUUAACAUCAAAUUUCAUCAUUAAUUUUUUGUAUUUCAUUUAUCAAUUACAAUCAAUUUUCUUAAUUGUCCAUCAACUAUUAACGAAACUCCCAUUAACCAUGUUACCUGAAUCUAUUCAGUCAACAAUUUGGAAUAAUAAUUUAAAUUGUGAUUACCUUUUGUGUCCAUCAACAACAAUAAUCCCAUAGAUUUACAUGUGUCCCUAUUAUGUGUUAUGGUUGUAAAUUGUUAUCAUUUUGUAUCCUGUUUAGAGUUGAUUGUUGAUUACAACAAUUUAACUGUUCACCAUGAAGUGAAAGUAUCACAACCCUGAAUCGUAAUAAUCCUUAAUUGUUAUAAUUUGUUAAUUUCUAUUCAUAAUAAUUUUUAGUAAAUACAAGUUGGGUUACAUUUCUCUCUCUCUCUCUCUCUCUCUCUCUCGAAUUCGUCAUCAUGUUGAUGAUUUUUUCAUUCACAAUUUCGUCUUAAUUUUCAUUUCUCUUCAUCUAAAAUUUUCUCCAUCACCGGAAACCGAAUUAAUCUAAUUUAAUCAUCCAUGUAAAUUCUGCAUCUUCAUCUUACUCAUCAUCAUCAUCAUCUAUUUCGUGUAUUCUCUCCCUCUUAUCAUCUUCUUAUUUUCUCUUCUCUCUUUUUAUACUUUUUCUCAUUUUCCAUUUGCUACUCUACUUGUUGCUCAUUCGUUUCAUUCAUAUAAAUAAUAUUUUCCUUUUCUACCUUAAGUUUUUUUUUUGCUUCUUCUCAAUGAAAAAUGAACUUCAUCUUUAAUUUUAUCACCAUUCAUCUAAUCAUCAAGAGUAUUAAUCAUCACAAUCAACAUUUCCAUCUACAAGGUUUACCUGUGUAAUUUUUUUUCCAGUUAAUUGUUUUUCUCUGUUUACUCCCAACCAUAUAUUCAAAGGUAAAUAGUGAUUGGCCUUAACUCUUGGCCCGAAGAGUUCAAGGAAAUUUGUCUUUUCUCUCUGUGCUUUUUAAACAAUUGAUUAAUUGUUUGUCUACAAUUUAAAUUGACAAUUGUAUCUCUUUCCCUCACUCUCUCUCUCCCAGUGCAAUUAUCAUCAUCAUUAUCAUCAUAAUUGUCAUCAUAUCUUGUCAUCAACUUGAUCGUCUCUGCAUUUCCCUUGUUACUUGGUCAAUUGUUGGAUAACCAAAUCAACGGGAACAAAUGAAUUGAAUGAUAAUUUGAAUAAUCAUCUUCAUCUGACCAACAAUUAACCCAAAGAAAUAAAAACAAUCAACUAAAUCAUCACAAUGGUUGCACCAUCUCUAUGGUUGUUAACCUCCGUUCUUAUAAUGACCUUUGGUCAUUUCGGUCACAAAUCUUGCCACCGAUCGUGUUCACAGGUAACCUUUUACCUUCCAAAGUCAAUUAAUUCUCAGUGUUCAUCAAGUAAAUCAAAUUGUCUAAUGGAAGCAACAAUUACCGUUGAUCCAACCGAAGACUCAUUCGAAAGGGUUAAUAUUACAUUGACACAAUUAAUGGCCGGUGAUUAUUUACGAGAUCACACCAUGUAUUUAACGUUAACAUUUCCUGGUCAUCAUCGAUUACCAACAACAACAUCAACUAAUUACAAUUCAAUUGGUACCACCAACGAGAUAAACAACAACAACAACAACAACAACCCACUCAGUGCCAAUGGUUACCCGAAUAACGGUAACCCUUUAGUUUCCAAUGGUUUCCCUCCAUAUGUAAGGGAAAACAACCGUUUCUACAAUGGAGAUUUAUCUUCAUCUUCAUCCUCAUCCUCUUCUAAUUCAUAUUUAAAUGGAUUCUCAUCUAAUAGUAAUAAUAAUAAUAAUAAUCGAUACCUUUAUCCUGGUAGCUCAUCUUCAACCUCUGGUCAUCAUGCUCACCUUGAAACAACCACCAUAAUCAGUUACUCUUGCCGUAUACUGGCCUCAGGUAAUGCGAUCGCUGAGAUUAUCCAAGGCCAUGGAUUAAAGUACAGUUAUGUUUCAAAUUCAUCGCGAUCAUGUUCAUUCAUCUUUAACAGGUACGAUUACCUUUGGCCUACUCUUACCACCCACCAGAAAGUUGACCUUAUAAACAAUGGUGAUUUUACCGUUACCCUGGGUUACGAUGAUGUGACCAAAGAUUUGCGACCGGAAUCAAUUCCGUUACAUAAAAUGGCCUUUCUAAGAUGCUGCCAUAGGCAUCAUGGAGGGUCAAAGUAUUUGGUCAUCAUUGAACCUUCAACAACACCGGUCAAUCCUUAUUUAUCAUCCUCAUCUUAUUAUCCAAGCUCGACUCUAUCAAAUGGACUUCGUCGUCGACCAUCACUUGACUUUUAUCUUCAGGCCUAUUCACCGAUACCGAAAACUGUUGUCCUCGAGUUAACUGGACCUUCGGAACAAUCGCUUCGAGUUAACGUUUCCAAUUCUUAUUUCAAUGUUUCCAUACUGACCGAUGGUGAAUGGAUAUCGGUUCUUAAUAACUUGACCCUUCCAAAAAUACCAAGACGAUCUGAUCCCUUUGACGAUUUCCGUUUAAAUUGGACACUUCCGGUUCUACUUGAAACUCCUCGAGGGUCAAUAGUCAUUGAGGAAGGUCAAUAUACACUGGACAUUGAAUCCGAUGUAUCUUAUAGCCAUCGGGAAAAAGUUUACAUAACCGGAAAAUCAAAUCUAAUUAACUCGCCAUCAAUUAUUACUUCAUUAUUGUUGCCAAUCAUUUUUUGUACAAUUUUUAAUCAACACAAUUAACUAAUCAUCAAUGAGAAUAAUUUUCUUCCCAUUCAAUCAAAUAUCAUUGUAUUUGUGACAAUUCAUAUAACUAAUUGUGUAAUUAACUCUAAUUUUAUUAUUAUUCUCAUCAUCUUAAUCAUCUAAUCAUCAUCAUCAUCAUCAUUUUGUUUAAUAUUAUUAAACACAAUUAAUUAUUUGAAUAAACAAAAUUCAAGAUUCA